AUGGGUUGUGCUGGAUCCUCUCACUCCAAGCCUGAUGGGACUGUAAAAAAGAUCCGAAAGCCUAAGCCUUGGAAGCAUCCUCAGCCCAUAACAAGGACUCAGCUAAUACAAUUGCGCGACGAGUUUUGGGACACAGCUCCUCAUUAUGGUGGACGGAAAGAGAUUUGGGACGCUCUUCGAGCUGCUGCAGAAGCUGAUCUUUCUUUAGCACAGGCAAUUGUGGAUAGUGCUGGUGUCAUUGUCCAGAGUUCUGAUUUGACAGUAUGCUAUGAUGAAAGAGGUGCGAAGUACGAGCUACCCAAGUAUGUUUUGAGUGAGCCAACUAACUUGAUUCGAGAAAGUUGA